AGCGGGGAGAGCUUGCAUGAUUAACGUUUGCAGAGAUGAACCUUGAUGAGGACAGUGGCCUGUCAGUCAGCUGCGGCAAUGGAAAACUGAGACAGUGGCUGAUUGAUCAGAUUGACAGCAGGAUAUACGCCGGCCUGGUUUGGGAAAAUGAUGAAAAGAGCAUCUUUAGGAUUCCGUGGAAACAUGCAGGGAAACAAGACUAUAACAGAGACGAGGAUGCAGCGCUCUUCAAGGCAUGGGCGUUGUUCAAGGGAAAACAUAAGGAGGGAGUCGACAAGCCAGAUCCCCCCACAUGGAAAACCAGACUACGCUGUGCUCUUAAUAAAAGCAAUGACUUUGAUGAGUUAGUAGAAAGAAGCCAACUGGACAUCUCAGACCCCUAUAAAGUCUACAGAAUCAUUCCAGAAGCAGCCAAAAGAGGAAUGAAGAUAAGCAUGGAGGAGACUCCAUCACAUGUAAAUGCCCUUGGCUAUAUUCCUCCAUAUACGUCUUCACAUGACCAGGUAUCUGGCUAUAUGGUUUCUCAGGAGAGAAGGGACUGGAGGGACUACUCACCCUCAGAACAGCAGCCGCUUCCUCCUUUACAUCAGCACGGGCCACAUGCAGAGCUGCAGUACGGUCAGUUCCACUACCCAUCACCGUUCAGCCGGGCUUGGCCCGGGUCACACACAGAAAAUGGUUUUCAGCUCUCCUUCCACACCUACUUUUCAGACUCCCAACCACCGGUGUAUUCUAUCAACCAAAACAAUGGCAUACAAGAUUUCAGCCUGCAUGUGUCCCUAUACUACAGAGAGUCUUUGGUGAAGGAGGUUACCACCACCAGCCCAGAAGGUUGCCGGAUCACCUCUCCUUCCUCCUCCUCUCCAUCCUCUUCUUCCUCCUCUUCCCCAUGCCCAGAGGACAAGAUUCAUAGCGGGGCAGAAAUCAUCCUUUUUCCAUUCCCGUACCCUGAGUCUCAGAGGCAGGGUGCUGAGAUGCUUCCUAAUGUACUGGAGAGGGGGGUGCUUCUGUGGAUGACGCCUGACGGCUUAUAUGCUAAGCGCCUCUGCCAGGGACGGGUUUACUGGGAAGGACCUCUGGCUCCUUAUGUGGAUAAACCCAACAAGCUGGAGAAGGAGCAGCCAUGCAAACUGUUUGACACCCAGCAAUUCCUGAUUGAGCUUCAAGAGUUUGCCCAUAACGGCCGACAUUUACCGAGACACCAGGUGGUGCUAUGUUUUGGAGACGAGUACCCCGACCCACAGCGCCCGAGGAAGAUGAUCACAGCACAGGUGGAGCCAGUGUUUGCCAGAAAACUGGUGUACUAUUACCAGCAGAACAAUGGCCACUACCUGCGGGCUUUUGAUCACGUCCAGGAACAGAACACAUCUACAACAAUCGACUAUCCUUCCCAAAGACCGCUACAGCAUAUUCAGGAGUGACAAGCGCACACACACACACACGUGUGAGGGCAUGAAUGUAAACGUAAACCACUGACUGUUUCUCAUGCCCUGUGACUGCAGUGUACUGUAAAUGAUAGAAGGUGUCAUGGAACUGAGGGGUAAAGAUGGGGAAGACCCUGUUGUUUUCACUUGCACACCUAUGCGUCGUAGUCUUUGUGUCUGUGACUGCAGAGUUAAGUUCUUUUUUUUCUACAAGUAUUAUUGUGACAGUGUGAAGGAUGCGGUUUGAGGGUGAGGGGAUGAGAGGAGCGGAGGGCGAGUGAGACAGGAAGUACUAGCACAGGUGCACAGGAAGAAUGGCCCCUAACACAAACACUGAUAUGUCAAAGGGACAAAACUGAGUAUGAAUUAAUAAUUAUUGUAUUUUCAAUGUGAUUGGUGCACUCAUACACUGAAGUGGCACAAUCACAAACUCUGCUUUUUAAACUGAAAAAAAAGCUCCUUCUGUGAUUCAAAACUUUUGUUGAAUACAGUUAUUGAAGAGCAAAAUAACAAAAUUAGCUUGGUGCGCAAGUGUCAACAGUAUCUAAGUCCAUUGUAGACCUCAAUUCUGUUAUGGUGGUGUAGUAAAGGAAGCUGCGAUACACAUUGUUUAUCUUUUGGCUGUAUGUUGCAGGACGCACUUACGAAAAUGUAUCGAUCUACUGAAUCUGGUCAGCUUUUAAAAACGUAAUUCCUUUAAAUGACAUCAAACUGAACAUUGUUUUAAGAUGAUCACAGAGAUUGUAAAUAUUCAUUUUUUUCUAUUCAUUGUUUUUUUUUUUGCUUUGUCUUGUAAAAUACUGUAUAGUUUUACUUCUUCGGGUGUCAGAAACAAUCUGAUUUGAAAACACCACCUUCGAUUGAACUUCUAACAAUUGAUAGAGAUGAAACUUCUGACGAGGGUUCGCAAGUAGACAUGGCUUCAUAUUCGAUGCUCACAAGCAACAAAAGGUUGGGGACCACUGGCUUACAACUCAUGAUCAGAGAGAAGCUUUGGCCUGAAGGUCUGUGUCACCAGAAAGAGUGGGUGGCCUCGACCAGACUGGACUCAGGCUGACUGGAAAAAUCACAAUCAUCCCGUAACUUGCAAGGAAACCGUUCCUGUUCCUCUUUACCUGAAACUUUAGGCCUCUCAAAUGGGAAGAAAAACUACCUUUGUGGUCAGCGUGCAAGUUGAGCCAUAGCGGAGGCCUCUGGUUCCCAUGCUGAUACUGUAGAGGUUCACAUACUGGAUGUAACGCCCACACAAAACUAAGAUCCUAACAACAUACAGGGGAAUGUGUAUACAUCAUAAGACGUAUGAAUCCAAUAGUCAGGAUAAUGCAAUUCCUCAAGCUCCUGAAGUAAUAAAGGCUGAUGCUGCAGCAAGAAGGGAUACAUGUUUUGUUAUGUUUUUCCUCUGUGGUCCAGAGUUUCGAUCUCUGCAUUUACUUCCCUCUCACUUAAACCACAUCACUUUCACAAUGGCUUUAAAAGUCUGACCAAAAUCACAGACGGGAAUGUUUUUUUUUUUUAUGUGUGUGUGUGUGUGUGUGUGUGCGUGUGUGUGUUCUAAACCAUGAAUCAUUUUCAUAUCAUCUUUCUCUCUGAUUCUGUGCUGGGUGAAAUUUAGUUUCUCAUUAUUUCACAGUCAGACUCAUUCAAAAUAAAACCCUUAUUGUGAAAAUGUUACUAGCUCCAUGUACAGUGUGCUGUUGUGGUAAACACUGUGUGUGUAUGUGUGUAAAGGGCUGUGUGUGUGUGUGUACAUGUGUGUAGGUGGGUACAUAUGCGUGUCACGCAGUUGCACUAUUACUGUUAUCAGGAAUUGACAUUUAUGGACUCAGGAUAAAACAUGUGACUCCCACCCCUACAACAUCAGUGACUCAAACACAGACACACACACCCAUUUCACAUCGUGCCUUACAGUUACAGCAAAACAGUCAAGACAAACUGCACAGGAAAUCACAAAAUAAAGUGUACACUGAAGAAAAUUAGCAAACACUUUCUAUGUCUAAGUCUGUAAUGCGUUAUAAACAUAAUUGUAACGUGUUAUAAUCUGCAAAUAUUCACAACACUUCAUCAAAAUAAGUAUAACACAUCAUAAAGCAUUUUGAAAUUACUUUUAUGCUCAAGUAUCAUAAUUCUUUAUACUUGAUGGUCACUCAUUUGUUGUUACAAGUAUGUAUGUAUGAUUAUUAUACACAUAAUAGAAAGAGUUGCUGAAAGUUGUUCUGUAUUUUGUACAACAUAUAUGAAUAAUCACAAGGAAUUGAGAUUUUAAUGAGAUAGAUUAAUAAAUGGAUACACGAUUUAUUUUUGAAAUAAACACACCAAUCUUCUACUUCUCAUGUUUGAUGUGCUGUUUUGUCUUUGAGCUCUUUUUGAUUGUCAAACAAAGGGAGGGAGAAUGAGAUUACUUUUUGGUUAAACAAAACAGAAAAAAAGAAAAGCACACUCACACAUGGUGUUUCCCCCUCUGCAGGAAGCCACAUCAUUUGUAGUCGGGCUUCAGCUUUUCCGCCUGUGUGAAUCCGUUACUCCAAGUGACACGGCCUUAUUCCUUCAGUCGAAGCUUUGAAAUGGACAGUUUAGUUUUCUGAUGCCCGCAAACAUCACCGAAAAAAAGGUUUUACAUAGAAAUGAAACUACCGCGAACAUUUCAAAUGCAACACUUUCGCCAAAAGCAAGUUCCAUCUUGACUCAGUGAUGAGUAAUCUGUCUGGGCAAAUACUGAAACAUUAUUAAUGUGCACUGUGUCAAUCUUUAUGCUAAUUGUUUCCACCUCAAAAGAAAGCAACAAAACAUUCACUGUAACAUUGUAUUUGCUGUGUAAAUAUCUCUAUAUUAUUCUGUUAAUGCUACUUUUAGUACCCUUCACACAUGGAUCAUCUUGUCAUUUGGGGGUUUCACUGCCACUACAGUGGCAUCAACACUGUUCACACUCACUGGAGAAGUUGUUCAUACUUAUACUCUGAUGUUCAUUUUAAAAGGAUUCUGUUAAAAAGCUACAGAUUCAGAAAUCAUUGUUGAUUUGUUGAUCUAUUAAUGCUUGAUGAAUACAUCAAGGGUCUGAGGCAAGAAAAGAAAAUCUGGGUACAUCACAAUAAAAAUGCAGCAAUGUUUUGCUGACAUCUGCUGGUUAGCGUAGUCGUAGCUAAACAAGAAGCUCUGAAUUUAAAAGGGAUGAUCAACAAGUUAAAAGAGAAGAACAAAUACAUGUUUCUGCUGCGUAAAAUAAUGUUUGUUUAUAAAAACAUUUUUCUGGGCGUUCUUCUCAUAAAAUAGUUUUACCUCUUCAGGCCUCGAACAAUUAUUUAAUCUUUGAUGAGGAGACGCGAUUUGUCUCAAUCUAAAACUGUCGGGAACCACUGGGACACAAUGCUAAAUCCUCCCCACAGUUAGAGUUGUCUAACCAAGGUACAGUUAAUACAAAUCUCCCUGUUUGUUCUGGGU